AUGGGCGUGCUUGAUGCCCUCCUUACACUACUCGGUGGUGUUGGGUCCUUCCCAACAGGAACUGUGUCGAUGCCUUCUAAAAAUAGCCUAUCCUUUGGUGGAUCUUCACCACCGGCUCCUGGUCCUUUCCUGCUGCAAGUACAGCUAAGCAGUGCCUCUUCUACCAUCAACCGGCGCCAACGAUAUCAGAAAAGACAGGCGAUCGCCGCUGACGUGUAUGUCACCACAUCAGCCACCACAAGCCUUCCGUGUCAAGAAGCUGCACUCUUUUCCCUCAUUGGCGACCAGCUGUAUUCUGGUGGCCAGUUGGUCACGGCCGAUCCAGAAAACAUCUCCUACCAGCCACUCAAUGGACCAGUCGGGAGCGUUGGUAUUGGCCCUGUCGACAGUGGCUUCGCCGUUGUCGAAGGCGUGUUGCAGUGGUCAAGCACCACUUUCCCCAGCGGCAACGCAAGUUUCUGCCUGUCGGUAUCAGGACCAGAGUCUAGUACCGUUGUGGCAGUGUCAGAUUCUCUUUGCUCGGCCUCAGAGAGUAGCUCCACCACAAUCAACAUCUAUAAUACGGAGAACAACUACUACGAUGGGGGGUCAGAUUUGAGUGGGUCUACUGGCAGCUCUGGAAGUUCUACAGGCGGCUCUUCUGGGAGUUCCUCUGGGGGACCUUCCGGAAACUUCGGAAGUACCUCGGGAAGCUCUUCUGAAAUCCCCGGCGGCUUAACAACUCCAGGAAGUGUUGCUGGAAGUUCUGGGAGUGGUUCUGCUGGAAGCUCAGAGGGAGGUUCUAAUGGAGGCUCCUCUGGAGGCUCCUCUGGAGGCUACGGAAGCGCUGCGGCUGCUGCCGGAAGUUCAACUGAAGGCUUCAGUGGGGGAUCUUCUGGAAGCCCUGGAAGCACAUCAGAAAGCUCCUCUGAAGGCUCCUCCGGCCACUACUCUGAUGUCCCUGGAGGCUCCUCUGGAAGCUCUGGUAGCUCCGCAGCUUCAGGACAACUCUCCAAGGGUACCGAAAGCGGUUCGGAGGCUUCAUAUGGGGGCUCUUCUGGGGGCUCCACAGAAGCCUCCAGAGGCUCCUAUGGUGGAUCUUCUUCGAGUUCCGCUGAGAGCUCUACAAGUGGGGGCUCCUCGAGCUCUGCUCACUCAGGAAGCUUCUCUAGUUCUUCCGGCUCAAGCAGUAGCUCGUCAAGCACAAGUGGCGGAGCCGGGAGCUCUGGCAGCUCUGGAAGCACUGGGAGCAGUGCCAGUACAGGCUAUGGUGGUAGCUCUGCACCUGGCGGCUCUGGAGCGAACGGUGGCGGCAGCAGCGGCCAUGUUGGAGGGACAGGAGGCAGCUGGGGACCGGGUGGUGCUGACGGUGCUGGUGGUGCUGGCGGCGGUCCCAGUGCUCCUGGUAAUGGUGGAAGUACUGGAAGCAGUACUGGAGGGGCUACCGUGAUAGUUGAGGGCGUUCCAGGUACUGCUGGUGCCAAUGGAGAGAAUGGUACAGACGGUACUGACGGCACUGACGGCACCGAUGGAACUGAUGGAACGAACGGCAGUAAUGGCACAAACGGCACGAAUGGUAGCAGUGGCACUAAUGGGUCCACUGGAGCCACUGGAGCUACCGGGGCCACCGGCCUUGCUGGUAUCAACGGAACGGCAGGUGCUACAGGCCCUGCAGGUCCGGCUGGAUACAACGGAACAGCUGGGCCUACUGGUGCAACUGGUGCAAUUGGUGCGAAUGGUGCGGCUGGGCCAUCUGGCUUCAACGGCACCGACGGGGCUACUGGGGCUACUGGGGCUACUGGGGCUACUGGGGCUACUGGAGCUACUGGAGCUACGGGUGCUACAGGUGAUACUGGCCCGGCUGGUGCCAACGGUUUCAACGGAACAAAUGGCACCAAUGGCACAGACGGAGCUGCAGGAGCCACUGGAGCUACAGGAGCUACAGGCGUUUCGGGUGCUACUGGCCCGGCUGGUGCUAAUGGAAUAAACGGAACAAAUGGCACGAAUGGCACAGAUGGAGCUGCUGGAGCCACUGGAGCCACUGGAGCUACUGGUGCUACAGGCGCUACAGGCGCUACAGGCCCAGCAGGUGCUAACGGAAUCAACGGAACGAAUGGCACGAAUGGCACAGAUGGAGCUACAGGUCCCCAGGGCCCUGCCGGCGCGAGCGGUAACGACACAGACUCAGCACACUACGAAGGUUAUGAGUACUGGGGCUGCUGGGCCGUGUCUGCUCCAAGCCUGGGCGGAAACCCGGCACUGGCGCAAGAAAUCAUCACCGAGUCCAUCAACGAAUGCGCUGAUUUCUGCAACACAGCCGGCACCAACGGGGGGAGGACGAUGUACUUUACGCUGGGAUCACGGACGAACGCGACGACGGGCGGCACUGAGUCCAUCUGCACGUGCGCCAACAUCCUGUCAGGAUCGACAGCCAUCAGCUCGACGACAUACAGCUGCAGCACGCCGUGCACGUUUGAGAACUCGGAUGGCACCACCGCCUAUUGCGGAACCAACAGUGGUGGGUUCCAUUUUGCGUCUGUAUUUGUGGCGGCGUGA